GAGGAGCGGCGGGCUCUCCCCUCCCCGGCCCCACCCCCCAAUACCGUUAGUGAGGGGGCGGGGCCCAGGAGGGGAGAGGGUUCGGAGUCCGGAUUCGGAGAGUACGUCACUCCAGAGCUGCCAGACGACAGACUCAGUUUCCUCAUCUGUUAUAUGAGCUGGGCAUCGGAGGGACACCUGCACCGCGGGGAUGUUGGGAUCAAAUGAGCCGAGGCUGCCGAGAAGCUCGCGGACGCCCCCGGGGUGCUGCACGGAAGCCAAUUCCAAAUGGCUGGACGCCCAUUAUGACCCCAUGGCCAACAUUCACACCUUCUCCGCAUGCCUCGCGCUUGCGGAUCUCCAUGGGGAUGGCGAGUAUAAGCUGGUGGUGGGGGACCUGGGUGCGAACGGUCGGCACCCACGCCUAAAGGUGCUCAAGGGACCAUCGGUGCUGACCGAGAGCCCCCUGCCCACCCUGCCGUCCGCCGCCGCCGCUUUUCUCAUGGAGCCCCACGAGCCUCGGACCCCAGCACUGGCGCUGGCCUCCGGGCCCUGCGUAUACGUCUACAAGAACCUUCGCCCUUACUUCAAAUUCAGCUUGCCUCCCCUGCCUCCCAACCCCCUGGAGCAGGACCUCUGGAACCAAGCCAAGGAGGACCGGAUUGACCCUCUGACCCUAAAGGAGAUGCUGGAAGGGAUCAGGGAGAAGGCCGAGGUGCCCCUGUCGGUGCAGUCCCUCAGGUUCCUGCAUCUGGAGCUGGGAGAAAUGGAGGCUUUUGUUGCUCAGCACAAGAAUCAGCCCAUCAAGAGACAGACAGUCAUCACGUCCAUGACCAUCCUGAAGAAGAAUCUGGCCGACGAGGACGCCGUGUCCUGCCUGGUGCUGGGGACCGAGAACCGCGAGCUCCUGGUGCUGGACCCCGAGGCCUUCACCGUCCUGACCAAGAUGAGCCUGCCCAGCGUGCCCGUCUUCCUGGAGGUGUCGGGCCAGUUUGACGUGGAGUUCUGGCUCACGGCCGCCUGCCGCGACGGCAACAUCUACAUCCUGCGCAGGGACUCCAAGCGGCCCAGGUACUGCAUCGAGCUGAGCUCCCAGCCCGUGGGACUGGUCCGUAUCCACAAGACGCUGGUGGUGGGCAGCACCCAGGACAUGCUGCACAGCUUCACCCACAAGGGGAAGAAGCUGUGGACGGUGCCCAUGCCGGCGCCCAUCCUGACCAUGAGCCUCCUGGAGCAGCGCUCGCGGGGCCUGCAGGCCGUCAUGGCCGGCCUGGCCAACGGGGAGAUGCGCAUUUACCGAGACAAGGCCCUGCUCAACAUCAUCCGGACCCCGGACGCCGUGACCAGCAUCUGCUUCGGCCGCUACGGGCGAGAGGACAACACCCUCAUCAUGACGACUCGAGGCGGUGGCCUGGUCAUCAAGAUCCUGAAGCGAACGGCAGUGUUUGGGGAAGGGGCUGGAGAGGCAGGGCCCCCCCCGGCCCAAGCCCUCCGGCUCAAUGUGCCCCGAAAGACCAGACUCUACGUGGACCAGACGUUGCGGGAGCGGGAGGCCGGCACCGCCAUGCACCGAGCCUUCCAGAUGGACCUCUACCUCCUGCGGCUGCGGGCCGCUCGGGCCUACGUGCAGGCCCUGGAGUCCAGCCUGAACCCCGUGUCCGCCACCCUCCGGGAGCCCCUCAAGCUGCACGCCGUGGUUCAGGGCCUGGGGCCCACCUUCAGGCUGACCCUUCACCUCCAGAACACGUCUGCGGUCCGCCCGGCCAUCGGCCUACUGGUCUCCUUCCUGUACAACGAGUCCCUCUACGCUCUGCCCCGAGCCUUCUUCAAGGUUCCCAUGUUGGUGCCGGGACUCAGCUACCCCAUGGAGACCUUCGUGGAGUGUCUCAGUGACAAGGGCAUCUCGGACAUCAUCAAGGUGCUGGUUCUGCGUGAGGGCCAGAGCGCGCCCCUGCUGAGCGCCCACAUCAACAUGCCCGUGAGUGAGGGGCUGGUGGCCGCCUGAGCCCAGCGCUGGCCGGGAGCGAGCAGCAGCCAGGCAAUGGCCUCCUUGUGGAGGCCCAUGGAGGCCAGCCCCGGGAGGGGCUUUGGAGGAGCCGGCUGAUGGCCCGAGGAUCCCGCCUCUGAGCAGCUGGCACUUCUGCCUUCCCCUCCCCCCUCAGGCCUGCCAUCCGCUGUCAUUAAAGGGGUGAGGAGCCUCCGA